UUGGAUUUUAAUGAUUGGUUGGCAUGAUGGUUCAACAAACUCUGAAUCAAAGAUUUGGAAAAUGCUUGCUUGAAUUAAGUGGAAAUAAUGCUAUAAUUGUCAUGGAUGAUGCUGAUAUUAAGUUGGUUGCACGUUCUGUUCUCUUUGCGGCUAUUGGUACAACUGGUCAGCGCUGUACAACCUGUCGUAGACUGUUGCUUCAUGAAAGCAUAUACGAGAAGCUACUUGAGCAAUUGCUUGAUGUAUACAAACAAGUGAAGAUAGGGGAUCCAAUGGAAAAUGGUACCUUCCUUGGGCCAUUGCAUACUAAAGCAUCAAGAGAUAACUUCGUGAAGGGAAUUGAGGUCAUAACGUCUCAGGUAGAUCAAGGAGAGGAAAAUGUAUGACAUGAAGAACAAUUGCAGUCGCACGAAUGACAAUUUUUGGGCGGUGGAUCUCGCUUAAAAGUGGAGCAUGGUUUUGGAAUUAAUUAGGCAACAAGCUAGUAAUCUUUUUUUUUUUUGG